GGUGAUGGCGACCACCUGGCAGCGGAGGCGCAGCUGGCGGCCCUGCAGGAGCAGCUGGUGGCGGUCAUGCUGGAAAAUCAACACUUAGCUGAGGAGGUGAAAACGCUGAGGGAAUCUAGCGCCUCGGAGCAGCUCCGGCAGCAGCUGGAAAGAGAGAGGGAGAAGAGUCGUAUACUGAUGGAGAGACUGCAGGAGAAGGAAGCAAAAGAGAAGGAAAGGGGAGAGAGGGAGGCGAGGGAAAGGGAACGACACACCAGGGAAAAGAGCUUCCCGCCAGGAGACAAGUCCCCCAGCUUGCCCCAGCGAAUACGGAAGCGAAUUAACCAAAUCCACAAACCACAGUCCUUUGAGGUCGAGGAUGGGUCCCCCGGUCCGCCCCAUCCCCCAUUUAGCGAGAAGACGCGCCUCCACGGGGAAGAACGGACCAAUCCCAGACCAGCACCAGAAUCGCCAGCCAGUCAAAUUGUAAAGUACGGAGGAGAAGCUGCCAGUCCCAAGUCGAGUUCUCCGUUUGAUGUUGUUGAGAGUCCCUCACGUGGGAGGUUCGCCUGGAAGCGUCGAGGGCUGGAGAAGAGCAAGUCGCUGGACCAGUCUGAGUUUCUGGCCUCCCUUAAUGGCACCACCAGCAGCACCACCACCACUUCCACCUCCGCCGGGGCAGGAGCUGAGACUUCCUGCUGCCACGUCUCCGCCUCUUGGGUGGACGACGACCACCAUAGGGAGAGUGACUCGGAUGAUGGGGACAGAGGAAAUGACUCGGACACAGGAUCCUCCCCAUCCAGAGUAGUCUCGGGUCCUGUGGUAGAAGAGAGUGUGGAAGGUUCCAAGGACCCCUGGUGGAGGCAGCUGGAGAUGCGGGUGGUGGCUGCUGUGGGUGAGCUCCUCAGGGACUUCUCUGAGGUGGCCGAGGAAGAACUACCUGAUGGAGACCCUGAAGGCGACCAACUCUCUGUCAAGAAACUAAAAGAGAACAUCCUGAGGUUUGGAUCUGUGAUGCGACCCCUGACAGAUCUGUCAGCAGCAGUAACGUCUCUGCUUAGGUGGGAGUCUCCUUCAGCAACCCUCCUCGCCCUCGUCAUCUACCUGUAUAGCGUCCUCUUCGGCUGGGUCCUCCCUCUUGUGCUCCUCAUGGCCAUUCUCAGACUCUCCAUCAACUAUAUGAAAAAGAGAGGGUGGACACAAAACUUCUUUCGUCGUCUGCGUCGUGAAGGUGGUGAGUCAGUAGAACCAACCACUACUGAAGCUGCAGGUUUAGGGGACAAGUUCGCCCUAGUGCUUCAGGUGGCUCGGAGAGUUCAAAAUCAGCUUGGUGCUGUCUCCAAUGCUGCUGAGAAGCUCAAGAAUCUAUUGUUGUGGGAACACGAGGCUACACGACGUCUCUACUUCUUCCUGUGGCUAGUGCUGCUGGCUUCUGUGCUUCUGCCUGCAGCUCAGCUCUUCACACUCAUCGGUGUCUACUUAGGUCUCAAGUUUUUUGUACUCGAUUUCAUUUUCUUCCGAUAUCCAAGAAUUAGACUCAAGUACGACUCCACCUCAAGGCUGUGGGACACACUUCCCACUGAUGCAGAUCUUGAACGUCGGGGAGAUAAAAAUCGUACAGAUAACGGUAACUCCUCACCAGAUCUGACGUCAUUCUUAGAACUGUUUAGUCUGCCUGCCACAGAGACUCCCCUGCCAGGAUGGCAAAGUGGGCGUCGAUGUACUCUAGUCAACCGAGAUCGAUCUCUCACUUCAGCUUUUAAAAAUGGUCGUCUCUACCUCACCAACAGGUUAGCAAAGCAAGACAGACAAAUCGCCUCCUCUACCAAACUAACAGCAUCAACUAACAAAGUUACAUCAUCUAACAAACAAAUAGUCCCUAACAGCCCCAAGGGAAAUCAGAGUGCAAAAUUACCAAUAUUAUUUACUUCAAAGCAAAUUGUAGAUGGGACAAGGAGAAGUUCCCUUCCAGGGCUUCCAAAGACUCAAUACGAUCCAGUUACUUUGACCUCUGGCUUUAGCUUCCUUGGUAAGGGAAGCAAGACACCAAAGAUCAAGGAGCUUAAAGAAUACAAGGAAGAUGAAGUAGAUAUCCUUGAAAAAAUAUUUGAGAGCACAGAUGAUGAAGAACCCAUUACCACAUCGAAGGUUUUCCGAAAGAGUGACACAACAAAGGGCAGCUUACCAUCCAUUCCAUCUAGAAAUCUAACUCUCCAUAUGUGGAAAACACACAGUGAAUCUGACUCCACCUCUAAAGAUCUCCGACCUAAGACUUUUGGUAGGAGAAGAAGAGCCAUGUUUAGCUCUGUUAAUGAACAGUGUGAACUACAUCCAGCAUUCCCUGUAGAAGAAGAUAUAAAGGAAGAUAGCAGUACUCUUGAUACUAAGGGAAUACGAGACAUCAAAGAUCACACACAGAGAGACAAUGAAAGGUCAAAGACCAAGAAGUUGCGUUUGGCAAAGUUGAAGGUGAUGAAUCCAGAUGAACCAAAAGUAAAGAUUUCAGUCACUGACAGAUUAAAUGAACGUGUUUUCUAUGCUCUAUGAUGUAUCAGAAACAAACUUUGUCAAUCUCAAUGAAUGUGUUUUCAAACUAGUUUACUGUGAGGGCAAUUGGAUAAUGCCAGAUAAAUUGGGUGACAAAACAGACAUAUAAUACUGUUGUUAGAAUUUAUCCAGAAACUUAGACUUCUUGGAGAAAACUACUGAAACUUGUUCCAUUAAGGAUUUUGAGCAUUUGUUUGUGGGUCAUGAACUAUGAAGUCAUGUUGAUCUCACACCAUGUGAUAGGUUUUAACCAAGAUGCAGAGCUUCAUUUUUAGUUCAAAAUUACCGGUGACAAGGAGUACACUCAUCCACAUUUGUGUAUUGUAAGAAAUAAAUAUGUUGCACUCCUAAUGUUUAUAUAGAUACGCAGUAUAUGUAUCACCAAUGUGUAAGAUGUUUAAUCUAGCAUAUACCUUUUAUUUAUAUAUAUAUAUAUAUAGAAUAUGUUAAUAUUUUUUUACUGUUAUCCUAAAAUGAAAUAAUACUCUUAUCUCAAAAAGUCAUUUAAAGUCAUUAAAGUCAUUAGUAUUAACUUUUAAGUUGCAUAAAAAAAAUAUAUAUUUUAGGAACUAGAUUAUUGUAUAUACAGUACUGUACUGUAUAUAAAGUUGUUGCCUUGUGACUAGAUAUUUCUUGUUGAUAGUUAGAUUCAAGUACAUAAAUGGUGUGCCAAUCCAUAAAGAUUUUCAGGUGACACAAAACUUACUUCUUUAUUUUUUCAAAAAACAAAACACAUCUCAUACGGGUAAUAAUACACAUUCAUCAGUCUUUUGUCAUGACUGGUAGAUCUUACUACUGUUGGUUGAAAUCCAUAAUCUGCUAUGUUAUUUCCAACUGAAUGAGGUAGGAUUUUCUGAUGCAAGAGAUUUUACCAGUCCAGGAUCAACAACAAUCAACAUUGGAAAUUCACUGAAAAAUAAUAAUAUUGGACAUUCCAUGGAAAGUAACAAUAUUGGACAUUCCAUGGAAAAUAACAACACUAAUACUGGACAUACUCUGAAAAGUAACAACACUAAUAUUGGACAUACACUGGAAAGUAACAACACUAAUAUUGGACAUACACUGAAAAGUAAAGAUACUGUACUGACCAACAUUGGCUGCACCUUUGAAAUUAACAACACCAUGUUAACUGUUAACUUUGUUAUUAUUCAAAUAAUAAACUCAUCCUAUCUA